CUGUUGAGAUCAUUAGAAAAUUGAAGUGAAACUCAGAUGGCAAGUCUAAAAUUCAGUUUCCUAGUUCUUUUUGUAUGCUGUGGCAUACUGAUUCCAACUUGCUGCCUUGGUGAUAUGUGCCAGCCAAAAGAAAACGCUGCAUUAUUUGUAUUUGGAGAUUCAUUAUUUGAUGUUGGAAACAAUAAUUACAUCAAUACUACUGCUGAUAAUCAGGCAAAUUACUCUCCAUAUGGGGAAACCUUCUUUAAGUAUCCAACUGGUAGAUUUUCUGAUGGUCGCGUGAUUCCAGAUUUCAUAGCUGAGUAUGCUAAGUUGCCUCUAAUCCAACCAUAUCUUUUUCCUGGUAAUCAACAAUACGUUGAUGGAGUGAAUUUUGCAUCAGGAGGAGCUGGGGCUUUGGUUGAAACCCAUCAAGGACUGGUGAUAGAUCUAAAAACUCAACUAAGUUAUUUCAAGAAAGUCAGCAAGGUAUUGAGGCAGGACCUAGGAGAUGCAGAAACCACAACUCUGCUCGCCAAAGCUGUUUACUUGAUUAGCAUUGGAGGGAAUGAUUAUGAAAUCUCUUUGUCAGAAAAUUCGAGUAGUACACACACUACUGAGAAAUAUAUAGACAUGGUAGUUGGUAAUCUUACAACUGUGAUCAAGGGGAUACACAAGACAGGAGGGAGGAAAUUUGGGGUUUUUAACCUGCCAGCUGUGGGUUGUGUUCCAUUCGUGAAGGCACUAGUAAAUGGAUCGAAAGGUUCCUGCGUGGAAGAAGCUUCAGCACUAGCCAAACUACAUAACAGUGUGCUUUCUGUGGAACUUGAGAAGUUAAAGAAACAACUAAAAGGAUUUAAAUAUUCAUACGUCAAUUAUUUUAAUUUAACCUUUGAUGUUAUAAACAACCCUUCUAAAUAUGGGUUUAAAGAAGGCAGCGUGGCAUGCUGUGGCAGCGGCCCUUACAAGGGAUAUUACAGUUGCGGGGGUAAGAGAGCAGUGAAAGAUUAUGACUUAUGUGAGAAUCCUAGCGAAUAUGUGCUUUUUGACUCGCUUCAUCCCACUGAAAUGGCUCAUCAGAUUGUUUCCCAGCUUAUAUGGAGCGGAAAUCAAACUAUUGCUGGCUCAUACAGUCUGAAAACACUAUUUGAAGAAUAAUCCAACCGUUUUCAAUUAAAUAAAUGACAUGCUUAUUAUGUUUUUUGUAUUAUAAAUAAGGCAAAAUAAAUGUAUUCGGCAGUUAAAUUGUGGCAUCUUGAUGGAUUAAUGAAGCAAUACUUUCAUAACAGUGUGCCAUUAUUCUUGUAUC